AUGGGAGACAAAGCAAUUUUAACUGAAGUAUUGGAAGCAUCUAAACUUACUGACACAUAUUCUAGUUUAACAGCUUCAAAUAUCAUUGAUCAUGGCUCCUCUCAUUCAACAACCUCUGUACAUUAUGAAGGUUUAGAUGGUUCAAACAGUCAAGGAGGAGGAGACACAAACAAUGUGAAUGUAAAUAUUGAAAGACAAAAUAAUCAGAAAAAAGAAGUAACAACAAAUGGAGUUCCUGAUGUAUAUACUGUAGAUGAUGCUGUUGAAUUUCUUGGUUUUGGACGUUUUCAAAUUUUACUAGCAUUUUUAACUGGAUUAGCUUGGAUGGCAGAUGCAAUGGAAAUUAUGAUUUUAUCAAUUCUUUCUCCAUCACUUUAUUGUGAAUGGGCAAUUACUCCAAUGCAACAAGCAUUAAUAACAACUUGUGUUUUCUCUGGAAUGAUGCUUUCUUCCACAGCCUGGGGUAAAUUUUGUGAUCGUUUUGGUCGUCGUAAAGGUCUUUUAUCUGCUGCACUUCUCACAUUUGCAAUGGGUGUUCUCUCAGCAGCAGCCCCAAAUUUUCAUUUAUUUUUGGUACUUAGAGGACUUACUGGAGUUGGAAUUGGAGGAAUUCCACAAGCGUAA